CCAACGAAGAAGAAGCAGGCGGAAGUAGCCUCAGCGAUCUUGGAGCAAGUUCAUUUGACAACAGCCUACCGUCGUCGCUGUCAUGGCUUUCCUCUGCAGAAGUGCUGCUUCCCUCCUGAAGUCCUCCAGAGCAGCCCCGGCCCUGCUGUCCGCUGCCCGCCUCUACAGCUCAGGAGGUCAGUAUGAGUAUAUCUUGGUGGAAAAGCGAGGUGAGAACAAAGAUGUGGGUUUCAUCCAGUUGAACCGACCCAAGGCUCUCAACGCUUUGUGUGACGGGCUGAUAAAGGACGUGGGAUCAGCCCUGGAUGCCUUUGAGGAAGACAGCAACAUAGGCGCUAUCGUCAUCACUGGCAGCGACAGAGCCUUUGCUGCGGGAGCAGACAUUAAAGAGAUGCAGAAUCGAACUUUCCAGGAGUGUUACGGGGGAAACUUCCUGGGUCACUGGAACAGAGUGUCCACAGUGAAGAAGCCUGUGAUUGCAGCUGUCAACGGAUUUGCUCUGGGUGGAGGCUGUGAGCUGGCAAUGAUGUGUGACAUCAUCUACGCCGGAGAGAAGGCGCAGUUCGGCCAGCCUGAGAUCCUGCUGGGGACCAUUCCUGGGGCGGGUGGCACCCAGCGCCUGACCCGUGCGGUGGGCAAAUCCCUGGCGAUGGAGAUGGUACUUACAGGAGACAGAAUAACUGCGCAAGACGCCAAGCAGUCAGGUUUGGUGAGUAAAAUUUAUCCGGUGGACCAGCUGGUGUCUGAAGCUGUUAAAUGUGGGGAGAAAAUUGCUGCCAACUCCAAACUGGUCUCUGCUAUGGCUAAAGAGGCCGUUAACGCAGCCUUUGAGCUGACGUUGGCUGAGGGUAAUCGUUUGGAAAAGCGCUUAUUCCACUGUACCUUUGCAACAAAUGAUCGUAAAGAAGGCAUGACAGCAUUUGUGGAGAAGAGAAAAGCCAGUUUCCAGGACAAUUAAAAAAGAGCAAGCCAAGAACACAACGUCCUUGAUAUCAGCCGGUCAUUUCCUUAUCUGCAAUAAGCUGAAGACUAUAAAAUCCUGAUUGUAGUGAAACAUACAAGAUGUUUGAAUUAGGGUUUGGAACUGAGUGAUUGCACAUUGCUGUUUUAUCACAGUGAAGCUCUGCCUGCUGAGGUUUGGUAUCACAAUCAAAUGGGUGCAGGAGUGCGGUGGGGUUUGACUGUGAGUACUGUUUGAUGACUUUGCCAGUGUGUUACAGGAGGAAUCAGUCCUGAUGACUCGUACUGACUUUGCCUUUUCAUUUUCACUAUUAAAUGUUUGUCUGCAUUUUGUAGGCAGCUUAUUUCUCUGUACAUUUUACAAAUAAAUCUUCAGUGUGGUUUUCAGCACUGUGACUGAGACAUGAACACAAA